UUUCUUUGUCAUCUUUCAUUUGUCCUAUUCCCUCCCCUCUGAUGCCAUUUUCACAUAAAUAUAUUCCUGUCUAAUGCCUUUGAUUUAGGACUGCAAUGCAAGCUCGGCUGCGCAAUUUGAUCUACCUAUAUCUAUACCCAUGGUAUGCCCAUUUUCCCCCAUCCUUUUUCUCGUUGGUUGCUGGUCUUGCAUUUCAUCACAUCGUCGCAUUGCCUUUCAUGCUUCCAUUCGUAUGGCACGUUACUUUCUUGGUAUAUCAGUCUUGCAUAUUACCUACUGCGCACAUUCCCAAGACAAUGUGUGGAAAAUGAAACGGCAGUUCUCGUCUUCUUUGCCCGGCAGAAGCAUCCAUUCCUUGUAGAUACAUGUAUGAUGGAUAAAACAUGUAUUGAUGCGGUGCCACAAUAGUCGGCGCCUUUCGAAGCCGCUUCGUCGUGUCGGGCGUUGUUUGACAUUACACAAGUCGUACUUGAGUGUGACUUGAGCAAACAAUAAGGCUGCAUUGUUGUAAAUUGGCAUUUAGCCGUAAAUCUGUCCUUUCGAGAGUUGCUCAUAAGGCGUAUGCUGGUUCAAACGUUCAUCGCAUCGCUCUUUGGCAGGCCAUAAUGAACACACUUUGAUACAGACAACCCCUGAACGAAAGAAAAUACUAUUUAAAAUGGAAACGAGGCAAACGAUGUGGGAUGGACUACCAGGUUUGGAGGAUUAUAUUUCAGCAAGACACCCGUCUUCGUUUUAUAAACGACAACAUCACCACGGAGGGAGACGGCCGUUCGCUACCAGCUGGAUGCAGCCAACCAACACUCCAAGACUUGUUGAUAUCUGCCAUGUACUCGACACAGGGCCCCCUCCGCCCCCUCCGCUCGAUACACCAUCCUGGAGCCAGAGCUAUACCACAGAACCCUUUGUCUUUGUUGACUUGAAUGAAGGGGGUAGAAGGACGGUGCCGUUGAGCUUCCAGCCACCUCUCGCUCCGCAGUUUAACAGUACUCCCCGUUUUAUGAAUGGACAUGUACCGGGCUGGGGGGAGACGAGUGCCAGCGAGCAUAUGUCCGUUGACGAGGACAGUGAUGAGUACGUGGAUAAAGUAGACGCAGAAGACGAAGUGUCAAGUACAGAGGAGAUGGAAGGUACUGAGACGGUUAUGGGGGGCCACCAGGAGUCAGGUCUAGGGGGAUUGUUUGAGAAUGUGGGCGAGAGUUCCGGGGAGAAGGAAGAUGAUGCGGAUCAAUCUCUACAUGAAACUGUGAAGAGACUGAAAGAAGAGGUUAAGGAGUUGAAAGGGAUGAUGAGAUGUGAGAAACUCGAGUUUGAGCGCCUACGCGGUGCUGUUGCGGAGAUGAUGGAAUACCUUGCGAAGGAGAGGCAUGUUCACUGGGAGAAUAAGUGGGAGCAAGGACCCCGGACUCACAACUUCAGUGGAGGAGUAUAUACAAGCCAGACAAGGCAGCCUAGCACGGACAACCCAACUCCAAGCUCAUCCAGGGCGGCUAUCGAGGAGUAUAACACUGCGUGGAAAGCAGUGUUUGACACAAAGAGCACAUCAAAUGGUCAACACUGGACCAUACCAUGGCCGACUAGCAGCCUCAAGUCUAGUCCUCUAUCCAGAAAUUCCCAACCAAGCCGCGGACUCAUGAAACACCGCCGAUUACCGAAGGAAAUCAGCGAGGAUAUUUUUCAGCUCAGGAAGUGGAAUGCCUUUUGUUUCUUCGUGCAGGCCUUUGGUCUGUAUCCAACCUAUGUGCAUGCAGAUAGUAUCAGGAGAGAGACACUUGCCCCUGAAGAGCCACGGGAGGGUAUAGUGUUUGAUAUCCGGAUCCGGGGAGCUUCACGGGCUAAGUUGAACGCACUGAAAGCGCAGAUGGUGCAGGAAAAGCUGAGAUGGCAUCCAGACAGGCUGAAAAGAUAUGCUGGCGGAUUUAGGGGGGAUGAAGAAGAGGCCGCGAAGGCUGUCCUGAGUGCAGUCUUGGAUAGCUCAAGGGCAUGUAACAAAUGUCUGGAACUAGUAGGCCGGGGACAUUAA